AUGUUAGGAGCCAGUAAAGAACUAUGUGGAAUUCGAAGGCUAGCUCAUUUUACAUUUGUCAAAGAUCAACCCGAUCCUUCGCUAGGCCAAACAAAGGAAAUGAAUCUUUGUCAAGCAAUUCAAAAUGCAAUGGAUUUAACACUUGCAAAUGAUCAUACAGCUAUUGUGUUUGGAGAAGAUGUUGCAUUUGGCGGCGUAUUUCGUUGUACGGUGGAUUUAAGACAAAAAUAUGGAGCCGAUCGGGUAUUUAACACUCCAUUAUCGGAACAAGGAAUAGUUGGUUUUGGAAUCGGAACUGCCGUCUCUGGUGCUACAACAAUUGCCGAAAUUCAGUUUGCAGAUUAUAUAUUUCCGGCCUACGAUCAAAUUGUGAAUGAGGCAGCAAAAUAUCGAUAUCGUUCGGGAAAUUUAUUUGAUUGUGGUCGAUUAACGAUUCGUGCUCCAUGGGGUGCAGUUGGUCAUGGAGCUCUCUACCAUUCACAAUCACCUGAAGCACAAUUUCUCCAUACACCGGGCAUUAAAGUUGUUAUUCCACGUAGUGCAAUUCAAGCAAAAGGUUUACUACUCUCGUGCAUUAAAGAUAAUAAUCCAUGUAUAUUUUUCGAACCAAAAAUUUUGUACCGAUCGGCAAAAGAAGAUGUUCCAAUUAAAGACUAUACAAUUCCGUUAUCGAAAGCAGAAGUAUUAAUUGAGGGUACUGAUAUAACAAUGGUGACUUGGGGUACCCAAGUACAUGUACUAAGAGAAGUUAUACAAAUGGUAGCUAAAGAAAAUAUAUCGUGUGAACUAAUUGAUUUACGAACAAUUGUACCAUGGGAUGUGGAUACAGUGUGUAAAUCUGUGGUGAAAACGGGAAAAUUAUUGAUUAGUCAUGAAGCUCCAAUAACAGGUGGCGUGGGAGCAGAGAUAGCAGCAACGGUUAUGAAAGAAUGUUUUCUUAAUUUGGAAGCACCCAUUGAACGUGUAUGUGGUUAUGACGUACAUCCAAUACCUCAUACAUUUGAAGCAUUUUAUAUCCCAAGUAAAUGGAGGUGUUUUGAUGGUGUUAAGCGUUUAAUGAAUUACUGA